AUGUUAAUACUUAAUCCCGGCAUCGCAUGGCAACAGGAAUGGRCACAAGCGCUUGAUUGUACAUUUGAAUGUUUCUGUAUAACUUACUUCUAUUCCUCAAGUAGAUGGAUGUCCGGUGUAGAAAUAAGUUGCUCGACCAGCAAUUGAUUUGUUUUGUACGAAUAAUCGGAAGUCUUUGGAUGAUACGGUAACUACUGUCUAAAAUGAACAAGUUCGAUUUGUUUUCACGGUUAAGUCAAGGGUAYGGGACGUGGGACGGCAUAGCGAAGAAAGAAGCCGUGGUUGAGAACGAAAGUGAUAUAUUUUCUGUUGAUGAUCUUCGUUUGCCACCUAUAGCCAAUAAUUAUGAUAAUUCAGACCAGUCCAGUAUCAAUUACAGAAAGACCUUUCAAGCCAAACCAUUGAAGCUGCCAGUUGUCCAACCACAGCCUCUACACAAAACAUACACAACUAGAAAAGGAGCUCUGCUGUUAUAUUCUGAAAACUACUUUCUCCCUGGUUCACCCAAAGCUAAGAAAAGGCGAAGGAAACUUAAGCAGCAGUCAGCUUUGAAAUUAAAAACUCUAACUGAUUUGAGGGAUUUUAUACUCAAUUACAAAAGGAAUGGGGGUGAUCCACUGUUCCUUGCUUUACUGCAAAAAAGACUCAGUAGUGGUUGCUUUGGCAACCAUGUGCGUCCAGGAUAUUCCCCUAAGCGUUACAUAGCAACCUUAGGACGUUCCCUUCAAGAAGAUUCCUGGAAUAAACUUCUGACAUCCGGAUCAUUUAAGGACCCAGCUUUGCAGUCUUACAACCCAUAUGUAMCGUCUCUACAUGACGAUGGGUCCGUAUGUGAACUGUUUCCCAGUAAACCUCAGCCAUAUAGUACAAUGUCUCUUCCUCCAAUAUCUCCAUCAAGCUCUAUGCUAGGAAGYAGCUUCAACUUCUAUCCCAAUGGUAUGUCUACAGGAGCAGCGUCUAUGAUCUCUCUUAACAGUGAGGAGUACGCUCCAUCAUCCCGCGCAAUCAGUCCAGUUGAAUCGCUAAACGAACGACUCACAGAGGUUGAGCCAAUAAAACCUAAAAAGGACAAUCGCUACGCCGCAUUGGACUCCAAGCAGAAAGAACAACUCCUUUCCCAAAUGCUUGUGCAGAAAACUUUGGAGACGGUGGACUCAGACUUGCAAACAUGGCCGACCACUUUUACCAAAGAUGACACACAUGAUUCCGGCUCGUCUCUAACAAGUACACAAAAAAGAAAGAACAGCAAAGGGAGCUUAAAAUCGUYGUCUUUAACGUCUAUUCCUCGCUUACCGCCUAUACAGUCUGCUGGGGCACGACCCAUAACCCCCAGCGAGGUUGUGAUUGARGACGAGAGUUCUAACGCUGCAAAUUCAAUGAUGACAUCAAAGAGAAGCAGUCAGCGACUAAGUGGAGGUAGUUUCCACUCUUUUGSCUCAAACGUUGUGGAUUCAAAUGAUUUAUCAAAGCCAAGCACGCGACGUGCUAGUGAAGCUGGUUCUGGUCCWCCUGCCAGUCACCAUUCKUCGGCAGUCCUUCAUGCUGAGGAAUCACGUGAUAUCGUWGAUCCUGGAAAUGUGGAAAUUGAUUUGUCGGAUGAGAGUAGUCACUGGGGUGAAGCGCUAGGUCACGUAAUCGAUAAUGCUGCAGAUGAAAGCCAAGAUGAAGAAGAGGAAAAAGUCCUGAAUCUAGUUAAGACCCUUGAACAGGCUCACCAUGAYGACCUUGAGAACAAAGAGGUUGAUAAAGGAUCAGAGGACAGUGUAGAAUUGAAUCAUGAACACAUAGGUGAAAGUGAGGUGRAAGCUCACAAMGUCCAUCGAAAAGAAAGUGGAAUAGCUCAUGAAGAAGACAGGGAAAGAGAAGGUGGAAUUCUCCGUGACGAGGUCAUGGAUGAUGAUGCCAGGUCUGAUCAUGAUGGAAGAAAAUCCAAGGAGUCAGUCGUCAAUGAUGAAGUUGUUCAAGGUAGAGAAGAAGGAAAAUAUGAAGAUGGAGAAGAGGAAGAAGAGAAAGAACUUGAAAAAAGUGUUGAUGGAACAUAUCAUUCAAGAAGUACAACCUCACUGUCAAUCAUUGAYGACCACGGUCCCUCACCAGAACCUCCUCCACCAAUUACAUUUGAGCAGCUUCAUAGCGAGGCUAGAGCUGUGGCAUCUCGUGUCUUGAAUCGCCCUCAGUCGGGAUCAAAUUUCAUCGAAGAUGCUCGCACAGCAUUGGCAAUGUGGGCUGACAGGCUCUCGACUCUUUUGGAUCCACCUAGUAAAGAUGCACGCACAAGUUCAGCAGCUUUUAACAGACAACAAGGGACCAACCAAAAUGCAAGUGGAACAAGAAUUGCGCCCUUGACUCGUAAAAGGAAAGUCAGUCAGUCAGCUGGACCCUCUCUCGCCGCGCUUAGGCAAGCACUUCUAAUAUCAGGAGGUGAAUUGCCUGGUGUUGAAACGCUCAAAAGCCUUCCACCGAUACGAAUACCAUAUGGAGCACCUCCAAGCAAACAAGGAAGCGGAGUCACCCAUGGGGGMACAUUCUUUGAACCAUUAAAAGAUGGAGACACGAGGUCCUCUAGAGCUAGUGGCUCGGCAGGUCCAGCCAGAUCGAUUUUGACGGAAAGGCUCUCAAACUCAGACCUACAAAUGGACAUCUUAAAUUUUGUCUCCGAUGAGGAGCUUGGGUUUUUGCAGGACCGAGCACAAACUGCGCAUGAUGAUGAAUCGGGAGACGAAGAUUUCCGUGCUGCUCUUCAAGCAGUGGUCACUGAUCUUGAAAAUAAUAUCACAUCAGGACAAACGCAUACAAUUGUCUCAAAAACUAGUUCACCACCAAAAGAAGCUCCAACAAAAAAGAAAUCUGUAAAAUCUCCACCAUUCCAAGUAAAGAGACCAGUCGAAGAAAAACCACCUCCGGGACUUGAAACUAAACUGCAAGAAGCAACUAAAACCAAGGAAAAGGAACCUAAAGCUGGGACAGGUGCCAAGAAAGCAGCAAAGAAAGGGCCGAAGAMAGUUGGUAAAGUGCCGAAAAAGCCAGUGGCCGAGAAACCAAAAGCAGAAAAAUCCACCAAGAAAUCGAACAAAAAGGAAAUCCUAGUCGAACCAGAACCAGAACCCAAACCUGUUGAUAGUAAUCUCAUUGAAUCCACUGAACUUGUAACUGAUGUAUCACCCGAGACGAGCACUCGAGCACCUUCUGAAACAAGCAAACAUAUGAAUGAGCUCUCCGAAACGCCUACCUUAGAAAGCGAUACUAGAUCGAUAGCAGAUUCAUCUCAACGAUCGGAUUCCGAGCAACAGCAAAUGUCUACCAAGUCACCAAGUGUUCAGAGUAUUCACAGCACCACUGUCCCUGUUAUUGAACAGCCACGACUAGUACCCAAGCCACCUGAACCUGAAGAACCUCAAGUUGAUCUAGAAGAACAGCGCAAAGAGCAGGAACGAUUAGAAGCAGAGUUGGCAAGAAAGAAAGAAAAGGAAUUGCGUGCUGCGAAAAGAGCGGAGGAGAGAGCAGCUGCAGCAGAAAGGCGUCGACAAGAAGUUGAGAGGAAAAGGCGUGAAAAGGAGGAAGCUAAACGAAGACAAAUUGAAGAAGAAGCACGAUUAGAGAGAGUGCGACAAGAAGCUGAAGAGGAAAUGAAGAAAAGAGAAAUGGAGAUGAGGAAAAAACGCGAAGAAAGAGAAGAAGAAAAGCGAAGGAAAGAGGAAGAAGAACAAAGAAAAGAGAGAGAGGAACGAGCUCGAAUAGAAAGAGAAAGAAGACAACGCGAGGAAUUCGAGCGCAAGAAGCAAGAAUUAAUUGCACAACGAAAACUUGAAGAAGAGAUCAGAAAAGAACAGGAAAAGCUGGAAGCUGAAAUCGAGGAAGCAAAUCGAAGAGCCGAGGAAGAAAGAUUACUGGCAAUGGAAGAAUCUGAACGAUUAGCUUUUCAAGAGAAGAUGCGACGAGAGGAAGAAGAAUUAAGAAAACGUUUGGAAGCAGAAAGAAAAAUCCAAGAAGAACAACGAAGAAUACAGGAAGAGCAAAGACGCAUGCGAGAAGAAGCUAUAGCUUUGCUGAGACAAAAACGGCUGCAGAGACAAUUAUUCAUAACAGGACUGAUAAAAGAAGGGAUUUAUAUGAGUCUUAGUCAAAGGUUAUCAAGAGCUUUUACAUUCUCAUACUUUGACAAGAUGCCAUGGAACUUCUUGAACAAUAUGCGAUCUUUUUCGCCCAUGAAGGACCUGAUAAAUGAACUAAAGCAGAAUCAGAUCCCUCCAACUAUCUACGAAAUUGAUGAAGAAGAAGAGAAUAUAGUUUAAGCAAUCAGAAAUUUUAUUAUAGUUGUAGAUAUUUUUAGUUUGGAUCGAAAUUUUAGGACAAUGAAAUAAAUACAAAAUGCAAUCGGC